ACAACCUCGGCCAUCCUAUAGGGUCUCGCACCCGGCGGAACUACCGUGCGGAAAUGGCGGGACGGCGGCGGGUUCCGUGGGGGAGGGCGGCCAGGGCAGCAUGGAGCGGUUCCUGGUGCGCAGUGCCCGCGGCCCGCGCAGCCCCCGCCCGGCCGCGGCCGAGCCCCGCAGCUGCCGGCAGGUCACCCUCGAGUCCCUCAAGAGAGUUGUGGUUGUGGAAGACAUAAAACGAUGGAAGUCUAUACUUGAGCUUCCUGGGCAGCCAAAAGAGAACCUGAUGGAGGCUUUGGAGGAGCUGAAGAAAAAAAUACCAUCCAAGGAAGUGUUACUUUCCACUAAAAUAGGUCACACAGUGAACAAGAUGCGCAAACACUCCGAUCCUGACGUGUCUGGCCUUGCCAAGGAUAUUUACACAGAGUGGAGAACCUUCAUCAGGGACCACUCCAACAGGCCCUCAAUCGAGGUCAGGAGCGAUCCCAAGUCCGAGGCUUUCAGGAAGAACGCACGGAAACUGCUCUGUGAAGCCCUGGAUUUGGAGAUUGAUCACCCACUGGCUGAAAAUAUUGAGCGAGAAGCUUUUCAUCUCUCUUCCCGCCUCAUUAACGCGCCGUAUCGCAGGACAGUGCGAGCUCUUGUCUUCUCAUUAAAGCACAAACCUGAGAUCCGAGCUGAAGUCAAGGCUGGCACACUCACUGUCCCUGCCUUUGUACAGAACCAUAAAAAGUGAUCCCGAGUCAGAACUUCCUGUACCUACAGCUCCGUAGAACAGGGAGCCCCUUCUGUGGUGAGGGGAGCGCAGGAGUGCUGACAGUGUGACUUGACUCUCCAGCACCACUCCAUGAACAGGGCUGCUGGAGGGGAAAACUAAUGAUUGAAGUGGUGCUGUAAAUCUGACUUGGUAGAAAUCCAUGUGGGUUUGUUGCAGGAAAAGUUUCUUCUGCUCUGCUGUAUAUUUUCCAUCCUUGCUGAUUCACUUGGUUCUUCUUUCUGCCCCUUUGUCACGGCUCAGUUUAGCUGCAUCCCUGAUGUGGGUCCUCAGGUGGAAUCAGCUGAAUAACAUCAAGGAGCAACUCUGUGCUGUGCUGUUGGGAAAUACUGGGAAUUCAGGAUAAUUGGUCCACGGGAGGAGAUUCCUAGUGGAUAACUGCAAAUUCUAGUUAGCCCUAAAUCAUCCACAUCUGCUGCAGCUGGGCCCUGCCUGUGGCAAGAGCUGUUUUGCCAAGCCAGGUGAUUUUCCUUUGCAACAUUCCAGAAUUGGAUGCAAAAUGGGUUUCAGUAACUUGCUCUCUAUUAUUCCAUCAGCUCAGUCAUCCUGCAAUUUGGGGCAUUUUCUAAAGCUCUGGAGUGAAAAUCAAAAUGCCCCAGAGUAUAGGUGCUAUCUGAUGCCUCUGCUGUUCAAUGAGCAGCUCACUCAGCCUUCCAUACCUCACUCAUGAUUUAAAUGUGGUGCUUGUUCCUACUGUAACGUGAAAAAACUUGUAAUGAAUUUUCUAAAUAAAACUGGGAUAUAAGAAAAUUA